AACGCGAUACAGUUCAUAGCUCGUGUGCAGAAGGGAAAGUUGUGUAUUGUAGAGUGUUGUAAUCUGGUGGGAUAUUUUCGCAAAAAAUUAGUUAAACAUGGAAGAUCAACAGCAGCCAGAAAUUAUGAGGGUUCAUCUGUCCAGGCCCGAUUCUGGUAUGUCAUGGGGCUUCAGACUGCAGGGCGGAGUGGAUUUUAAUACACAGUUAUCUGUACAAGGGGUGCAGCCUAAAAGUGUAGCAGCAAGAUGUGGAUUGCGGCCGGGAGAUGGAAUUAUAUGCAUAAACAAAACAAACACAGACGGACUGACACAUGAACAGGCAAAAAUGGAGAUUAUCAGAUCAUGUAACGAUAUAGACAUGGAAAUUGUGAGAGGUGCAGUGCAGAUAUGGAAACCAAAGGUAACACCAAUGUCCGAGUUAAGACCAGAAACCAAACAACCUGUACAGACAGCCACUGGAGAUGAAAUGUACUUACAACAGAAAACUUCUCUAGCAAGGGAUCACACUGAUGAAUCCAGUAACAUUGGCAGCUCAUACAACCGAUCAGCAAAGCCAUUUGCUGGAUUUGGAGGAGGAGCACCCCAACAACGACAGCCGCCCCAGCAACAAUAUGGUGGGCAACAACAAUACGGUGGGCAACAACAAUACGGUGGUGGACAGCAAUAUGGCAGCCCACCUCAGUCACCAAAGCGUGCUGUGCCGAAUGUUGUGCAUGCGCAGUUUAAUUCCCCUAUUGGCUUGUAUUCAGCUGGAAAUAUUGCAAACUCUUACGCACAACAAACUGCUGGCAUCCAGAAAGAAAUGGAGAACCUUGAUGUUGAAGAUGCUCCAGUCGGUGCUAUGAUGACAGGAACUUACCAACGCUUGGACUCAGACUCAGGAAGUCAGUCUUACGGUUCUCAGUAUGGCUUUCCCGCUAAUCCCCCUGCUGCCACAGGUGAUGAUGCUGUCACCAUAGCAACAAGUGAUCCUGCAUCUGGAUCACCUACAAGCUUGCAGAAUAACAUACCAUCUGAAUCAACUGAACGCUUGCAGCCCGAGAAUGGAGUGUUAUCAGAUGAGCAUGCAACCAGUGCAGAAACUAAUAAAGUUAUUAACCCUAGUAGGUUUUAUUUUCAAAUUUGGUUCUCUAAGUUAUUUUUACUGUAACUGAACUAACUAUAU